CUCGAACCAACAGUGAUAUUGGAAAUAAAGACAUUGAAAUAUCGGAGGCUAGUGGCUGCGAACGGGUUAACACAGAAUGCUGUGCUUUUCAUUUCGUCCUGGUAGCGAAACGAAUCACACGAGAGGCUGACAAACUGCGGAAGUUUGUUAGUAGUUUUGCAGAGAUUGCAAAGCUGCAGGGUUGCAUUGCGAGCGGGGAGAGCAGAGCUGGACCCAGGCACAGGAAUCCGAAGAGAUUUAAACAGAGCGAAGCAGGCAAUCGGGGUACACGUCUGACUCUUAGGACGAUGAAGUCUCUGCUGUACCUGCUGUUCCUCUCCUCACUACUAGAUGGCGCUGUGGCAGCAGUGUCCUGCUACAAUGACAAUGGAGAACCAGUCGACUGGUUCUUCCUGUACAAGUUGCCGCGGCCCCGCCAUCGCCCCCUGGAGGACGGCCUGCGCUACAUGUACCUCGACUCAGAGAACCAGGACUGGAAGGAGGGGCAGAGCUCCAUCAACCAGAGCGAGGGAGCCGUAGGGAGGACCCUGGAACAGCUGUACAAACUAGGAGAUAGCAGCGAAGUGGCUUAUGUCCUGUACAACGACCAGCCACCAGGAAAAGAGAAAGAAAGGAGAGAGGAGAGCGAAUGGAAGACAGGCUAUGAGAAGGGGCACACAAAGGGAGUGGUUCUGUUGGACCGUUCUCAGGGGUUCUGGUUAGUUCACAGCACCCCCCACUUCCCCCCUCCUCUCCCGGGAGAAUUCUCGUACCCUAGCAGCGGAGUGCACAAUGGACAGAGCUUCCUGUGCGUGACCUACAGCUACGCACAGUUCAACAACAUCAGUGAGCAGGUGUUCCUCAAUCAGCCGGACUGGUUCAGUAUAUCAGUCCCAGAGCCGUUUGCUACGGACUGCCCCGGGCUCCAAAAACUCGCCCAGAAAGAAAGCGUGCGCCCGCCCUGGAGGAGGCAGUGCAGCCUCACCUCACUGGGAGGGACUGCUUUCAUCAGCUUCGCCAAGGCUGCCCAGUUCGACGGUGAUCUCUACCACUCCUGGGUCGCUCCGGCUCUCGGCUCAGACCUGCUGGUUCAGUUCUGGCCCAACUCUGCGGGCGUGCUCCCCUCAAACUGCACUCCCCCGCAGCACGUCCUCAACGUGCAGGAGAUCGGGUUCCUCCCCGGCACCGGGGCGCCCCCCCCUUUCAGCUCCCACGUGGACCAUUCCAAGUGGUGCGUGAGUGAGGGGGAGGCCGGGGGCACCUGGACCUGCGUGGGGGACGUGAACCGGGACCAGGGGGAGGAGCUGAGGGGAGGGGGCACAGUGUGCAUCAACAACCGCUUAGUGUGGAAGUCAUACAGGCAGCUGGUGCAGAAGUACAGCAAGUGUGAGGAUUGAAGGCAGUGUUAAGAGUGUGUGUCACUGAGGGAGGGGAGGGGGUGAGUGAGUCUUAGUAUAGGGUCAGAUAGUAUAGGUCUCUGUUGGGGAGGUAAAAUCGUUGUGCGUGUGUGGGGGGGUUAUAUAUGUGUUUGUGAAUUUGUCUGUGUUGUUUGUUAGGUCUGUAAGCUAUGGGGAGCUGUGCAAGUCACUGUGUGUGUGUGUGCGUCAAAACUUGUGUUACAUUUGUGUAAUGAUUGGCACAGGUUAAAUGCAAUGCAAUUGCAAAAGUGUGGAAUCAAAAUUGAACCCGAUAAAAGAUAAUUGUGGAAAUGACUGCAUCAAACUUAACCCUUUAAACACUGCGCAUUGCUGUGAGCUGCUGUAUAAUUCACUGACACUCUAACAUUUUAUAAUAAAGGAACUUAACUAAUA